CUUCGCUACCGCCAGUCCUUUUUUCUCUUCCUCUAACCCCUUCGUAACCGGAACCCUAACACCCAAAUCCACCACUCCCCGCCUCCGCCCUUUUCCAUGGCAACCGCCAACGCCGACGCUGCCGAGGUCGAGCGGCUCUACGAGCUCGGCGACCGACUUUCCUCAGCCAAAGACAAGUCCCAGCACGCGGCAGACUACGAGGCGAUUAUAGCGUCGGUGAAGGGGCAAAACGUUAAAGCGAAGCAGCUGGCGGCGCAGCUCAUCCCCCGUUACUUCCGGAGCUUCCCAGCCCUCGGUACCUUCGCCAUGGAAGCAAUGUUCGACCUCGUUGAGAUGGAAGAGCUCGCGAUGUACUUACAGAUCAGAAUACAAGCUAUUCGUGGAUUUCCGCUUCUUGCCAAAGAUGCAGAAUUCAUCUCAAAAAUUGCAGAUAUUCUUGGUCAGCUCCUUACAAGUGAGGAAAAUGUGGAGCGUGAUGCUGUUCAUAAAGCACUCAUGUCUCUUAUACGACAAGAUGUUAAAAAUUCUUUGCAGCCUUUAUUUAAGCACGUGGAGUCAGGAUCGGAGAUCCGUGAAAAGAUUAUUUGUUUCCUCCGAGACAAGGUUUUUCCUGUUAAAGCAGAGCUACUAAAGCCUCAAGCAGAAAUGGAAAGAUAUAUAACUGAUUUGAUAAAGAAAAGUGUACAAGAUGUUACUGGGCUGGAAUUUAAAUUAUUCAUGGAUUUCCUGCGGAGUUUGAGCAUAUUCGGGGAUACUGCUCCUCGAGAAUCCUUUCAAGAAUUAAUUGAAAUCAUUCAAGCACAAGCUGAUCUUGAUGCGCAGUUUGAUGUUUCUGAUAUUGAUCAUAUAGAGAGGUGGACCUCAUGCAUCUAUAUGGCUCUGCCUAUCUUCACGAGAGGUGCAUCAAGCAGCAAGUUUCUCAACUAUUUUGCUAAGCAAAUUGUUCCACUUUUUGAUAAGAUUCCCGAGGAGAAGAAACUGGAUUUACUCAAGACAGUUGCUGCUAGCUCACCAUAUGCUGCAGCACAAGAUUCACGCCAGCUGCUUCCAUCCGUUGUUCAAUUGCUCAAGAAGUAUAUGCCUGGGAAGAAGGUAGAUGAUAUUAAUCACAGUUAUGUCGAGUGCUUGCUAUACACUUUUCACCAUUUGGCCCAUAAGACACCAAACACUACAAACAGUCUCUGUGGUUACAAGAUCGUUACUGGACAGCCAUCAGAUAGACUUGGAGAGGAUUUCUCAGAACAUUACAAAGAUUUUAUCGAGAGGCUAACUGGAACGGAAGACACGGUUCGAGCAGCCUCGAAGAGACUAACCCAGGGAAUGGCAGAUUUCAACAAAGCAAUAUCUUCAGCAAAGACAGAAGAAGAGAAAACUAAAAUCAAAUUGGAUCAGCAAAAAUCGACGAUGACAAUGCGGUCCUAUAAUAAUAUAUUGGCAAUGUCGCAGCCAUUGCAUGGGAAAUCUCCGUUAUUCAUUGGUGAUAAGAAAGUUACUCUAUCAUGGAUGGAACAACCAAAGAAACCAGCAGCUGCAACAGCAGGAGGGAAGAGGACCCAACCUGUUAGUAAUGGGAAUGCCCCUUUAAACAAGAAGGGGCGAGGAGAUGGAGGAAUGCACAAUCAGCUCGUGAACAGAGCUUUUGAGGGGUUACCCCGUGGUGGUGGUGGUGGUAGAGGCAGUGGAAGAGGGCGAGGCAGAGGAGGCCGAGGAAGAGGUUGGGGCUACCACUGAGAUCUUCCGAGAAAUCGACAUCCCAAGGGAGAAAGGGAUCAUUUUUCUCCUUCCAUUCGAGGGUAAUAGCAAGAGUCCGUUUAUCUGGGUUAGCUUUUCCGUACCAGCAAGUUGCGUGACUGUUGGGUGUACAAGGGAACAAAAGCUCAUACAAAAGAUCCUAAUCGUCUGCACAUCCUAGCUCUCUUGGUUUGCGGAUUGUUGUUGUUUGGUUGUCCAAACGGUACAUUUUAGUCAUAGAAUCUGCUGUUUGAGUAUAUUUAUUGAGGAUUUUUUUUUCAAA